UUAGCAGAAUGGAGUAUAGUAUAUGGUCAAAGAUGACGGAUGAGUAUGUUCAGAGUGAUGGUACACUGCAAAAGGUAACAAAGUGGCGACCAGUAAAUAAGAAGGAUCUUUCAAUGACCUAGUGAGAGGUAUUACACCUAACACUAUUGCUUACAGAAAUAGAAGCUGUUUCUGCUUUCCAUGCAGAAAUUCAUAUGGCAGUCAGUGCCUGCAUGAUGAAAUAUGUGGAUCCUGGAAGGUGUUCAAACUUCAAUGACCUAGUGAGAGGUAUUACACCUAACACUAUUGCUUACAGAAAUAGAAGCUGUUUCUGCUUUCCAUGCAGAAAUUCAUAUGGCAGUCAGUGCCUGCAUGAUGAAAUAUGUGGAUCCUGGAAGGUGUUCAAACUUCAGAAACAAAAUGUAGUGCAAUCUCAGUCAAAUCUUGAAGACUCUUUGGAUGUCAGUCCCAUAUGCUCAAAUUCAAAGGCCCAAACAAAUUCCUUCACUAAUCAAAAGUACAUUGUAAAUAGAUGUGAUUGUCAAGUAUGGAGAAAUAUUCUAUCCAGGAGUUGUGAUAGAAGUCCUGGGUGAUCAGCGCAGAAAUAAUUUUUUAAAAAGGCACAGAAAUAAAAAAUAUAUUUGUAUAUCCAGAAGUGCAGGACAUACAGUUAGUGUAUGCAGAUAUGAUUGUUACUGAAGUGAUGUUGAUACCAAAUGGCAAUAGUUUGAGAGUGGAAUGUUUUGAUUUCUGAAUUUGUCAAAUAAAAUUUGUGUACAGUUUUA